AUGGGAACUGCAUGUAAUAUAUUUUCAAAUAUCUUUUUUAUCGGUACCAGAGAUACUUUAUCCGAAUCCAAUUUGAUUUUUUGGUACAGACAAAUUGUCGUAUUCGCUUUGUGCUUCAUCGCACUCUUCCAAGUUUCAAACGCUGCCAUUGGUGUCGAUAUCUCUUCAGGUUCUGAUAUUCCAGCUUUCCAAUGUCUCAAGAACAACGGAUAUACCUUUGCUAUAAUUAGAUGUUACAUGUCAACUGGUGCUACCGAUCCAAACUGUCCACACAGUAUUUAUAACGCUAGAGAUGGUGGUAUGGAAUAUGUUGAUGCCUACAUUUUCCCAUGUUUCUCAUGUGGUAAUGGUGCUGGUCAAGUCGUCGACACUGUCAACUACCUCAAGUCAUACAAUGCCGAUUUCGGUAUGGUCUGGUUCGAUAUUGAAGGUCCAGGUACCUACUGGUCCGACAACCAAGGUGAGAACCAAGCUUUCUUCAACAGUAUGUUGGAGGGUGCCUCGCAAGCCGGUGUCAAAGUCGGUAUCUACACUUCAUAUUCUCAAUGGGAGCCAAUCAUGGGUAACUGGGACGGUGGUGCCAAAUACCCAUUGUGGUACGCUCACUACGAUGGUAACCCCUCAUUCAGUGAUUUCUCACCAUUCGGUGGUUGGUCUUCACCAGCUAUUAAGCAAUACAAUGGUGAUUUAACUGUUUGUGGUUUGGGUGUCGAUCAAAACUACUACCCAUGA